AUGGAUUGUGUAAUUACAAGUGGCUGGUUACAGAAAUGGUCAUCAAGAGUAUUAUCUGAAAGCGAAAAAUCAAUUUUAGAUAGAUCAUGUUCUGGAAAUGGUUACCAUUCAUCAUUAGUAACUCAAGGAGAAGGUCAAUUAAAAUCAAGAUGGUUUAUUUUACAAAAUGACUUUUUAAAUUAUUAUGAUAAACAACCUAAAAAAAUUCAAGAUUAUCAAUGUUUAAAAGGUCAAAUUUAUUUAAAAGAUUGUAAAUUAAAGCAUGGUGGAUUAAUUACCCCAAUUUAUCAACAUUGGUCAAUUGGUGUUGCACCCAAUACAACAACUAAUAGUAAGUGGAAGAGUAUUGUAGAUCAGCAACAGAUAGAGCAACUUACCAUUUCAUUAAUUACACCCAAUGGUGUAGAAUAUUCAUUUACAAAUAUGUCAGGACUAUCAAAUGAUGAUAAAUAUAAAAAUUUAGAGAAUUGGGCCUAUUCCAUUAGCUAUGCUAUAUUUUUAGCAAACAAAGUUAAGGAAGAACCGGUAUUUGGUUGGUUAAAUAAGCGUGGUGAUAAAGGACACAAAUUUAAGAACACUAAACGUAGAUGGUGCAUUCUCCAAGGUAGCAAAUUAAGAUAUUUCUCAUCAUUACCAAAACAUAAUAAAAUUGGGUCACUCAAAGGUAUAAUAGAUUUAACACAUCUUUCAGAGAUUAGCGAUAAGGUGUUAACAGAAGUACGUGGUAAAAAUGGCAGUGGUGUAUUAGUAAGUGACGAAAGUAACUGGGGUGGAAAUGGUGGUGGCGGUUUAGAUUGUUUUGGUGGUACUGGUGCACCUGAUCCAACAUCAGGACCAAGAGACUCUAGAGAAGUAUAUGAAGUUAAAACUAUUGUAGCAUUAUCACUCUCAAUAUAUAAUGAAAAGAAAUAUGUAUUAAUAUUUGACAAUCAAGAAGACCGUACUAAAUGGGUAAAUGCAAUCACCAGAGCCUUAGAAAGUCUUACCACAAACAAUAAUAUUGCAGAAGGUUCACCAGAUAUAUUCCAAUGUAUUAAUAAUAACUCACCUGAUAAACAAGUUUUGGUAUCUGGUUGGAUGAGAAAAACCAAAGCCAACAAGUGGUGGGAAAGAAGAUUUUUCACACUCACCCAAACCAAUUUGGUUUACUACAAGGAAGAUCCACCACAAAAAGCAUUGGGCUCAAUAUUUUUAUUAGUUUCAUCAUGUAGAAUUAUAAAGCAAAAAAGUUUAGAUGGCUUGGAUUGGUGUUUCAGUAUUGCUGAUAGUAGAGGUAUUGAAUACUUUUUCAAUACAGAAACCCAAGAUCAAAUGGAACGUUGGAUCAAAGCCAUUAAAAUCGCUAGAAAGAAAAUGCUAUUGUCCCUUUUAGAAUCAGGUGGUAAAUUAAUUAUACCCAUCACCUUGGGCAAGGACUGCGGUUUAAUCACUAUUCAAGUAAAAGAAAUUAUUAGAAUCAAUUCAUUAUCAAAUAAAAUUGCUUUUGAAAUUCCAAUGGGAAAUGUCAAAUCUGUGUCUGUGUCUGAUGAUUUGAAAGUUGAAGUGGUCUAUACUCCUCUUGAUGGCGAAGUUUCAGAGAAAAAAGUAGAAUUUGUUACAAACAAUCCACAUGGUGUUUUACAAUUAUUUAAAGAUUUAUUCUCUUCACAAGAAAACUCAAUAACCUUAUAA